UCCCCAGUGUCGUGAGAGUUUUGUUCCAUACACUGUCAGAAUGGCAGAGGGGACACUGCUCCACAUUUUGUUGCUUUGUGUUUUCUGUAGCUGUUGCGCCCAAAUAUUCAACAACCCAUACCGAGAACGGAUGCGACUGAGACCAUGGGAUCGCCGCCGAUUUGAACCUAUGGACCUUGACAUGUAUUUUGAUCUUCAUGAGAGAAGAAAUCCAAAAGACCACACCAGUCUGGAACCAAGGUUCAUCCUCCUAGCCCCUAACAUUCUGAGAACAGACAGUGAGGAGUCCAUCUAUUUAGAAUCUCAUGGCCUUAACAGCCCUGUCACCGUCACCAUAACAGUCCAUAACUACCCGGAGAGGAGGUACCAGCUCCUGCAGGACACCGUCACACUCGGCCCGGCGAACAGCUACCACACCCUCAAGAUCAUAAAGCUCCCCUCAGAGCGUCUGGACAAGGGGAACGAGGAGUCCUCCAGGAACCAGUAUGUGUAUGUGAAAGCAGAGUUUGGGGGCUACCACGAAGCUGAACAGGUUGUUAUGGUCUCCUUCCACUCUGGAUACAUCUUCAUCCAGACAGACAAGCCCCUCUACAAACCUGGAGACACUGUACUCUGCAGGGCCUUUGUGUCUACACCUACCUUCCAGGCCUUCAACAGCUCCAUCACCAUUGAAUUCCAGAAUUCAGACGGCGUCGUAGUGAAACAGACCUCCAGGACCAGAGCUAACAAUGGAAUCUUUGCUGAUACUCACGUUCUACCUGACAUAGUCAAUGAGGGAACGUGGAAGAUCAUUGCAAAAUUUGACAACUGGCAACAGAACAAGUUCAGUAGUGAGUUUGAGGUGAAGAAAUACGUGCUGCCUGCUUUCAAUGUCACACUGACUCCCAAGAAACCCUUCCUCCGUCUGGAUGAUACUGAGCUGGUGGUGGAGAUCACAGCCAGCUACCUGUAUGGUGAAGAUGUCCAGGGAACGGCCUACGUGAUGUUUGGGGUGGAGGUGAACAAGGAGAAGAGGAGGUUACCAUCGGUCAAGCAGGUCACCAAUCUGCAGCAUGGCACCGCUACAUUGACCAUGGAGGAGAUCAGGAAGGCCUACCCUGACCUCAGCUCCCUGGUUGGAAGCUCUAUUUAUGUCAAGGCCUCAGUGCUGACCAAAUCAGGCAGUGACCUGGUGGAGGCAGAGAAGUCUGGUAUUAAGAUAGUGAAGUCCCCUUACGUCCUCUCCUUCAUAGAAACACCAAAGUACUACAAGCCUGGCUUGCCCUUCGACGUCAUGAUCCAGGUGAGUUUCCAGGAUGGUUCCCCGGCUCAUAAUGUCCCGGUCCAGGUGAGCCUCCUGGCCAACCCAAUCACCAGCCACCGUGGCACCAUCAGGACCGCCAUCAACAUGCCUGCUGAGCUAGGCCCUCAGAUCAUCACUGCUGAGACCAAACAGACGGGCCUACAGCCAGAGCAGCAGGCCAGACAGCAGAUGACCCUUCACCCCUACACACCCUUUGACCGACAGAGACAGAACUACCUGUAUAUCUCCACUGGGACCACCACAGUCUCUCUGGGGCAGAGCCUUGGCCUCAGUCUACACAUCAACACUGCUGACAAUGCCCACAGGGAACUCAUCACUCACCUCACAUACCUGGUGUUGAACAAGGGCAAAAUCAUCAUUGCCAAGAGACUAGAGGUCGGAGGUCAGGACAUGACCAACGUUCUGUUGACCGUUACCAAGGAGAUGAUGCCCUCAUUUCGCGUUGUGGCAUUCUACAUGCUGCCGUGGGCGGGGACUUCGGAGGUGGUGGCUGAUUCUGUGUGGGUGGAUGUGGAGGAUGCCUGUGUUGGGGCGUUGAGUGUUGGUCCAGCUGGCUCCAGGCCCUUAGAGUACUACCACCCAGGGAGAGGGUUCAACUUCCAGGUGAGAGGAGACCCAGGAGCCAUGGUCAGUCUGGUGGUGGUGGACAACGCUGUGUUCCUGCUCAACAGACAGAGGCUCACACAGAGGAAGAUCUGGCAGGUGGUGGAAGGGGGGGACAUAGGCUGUACCCACGGUGGGGGCAGCAACAGCAUGGGUGUCUUCACUGACGCUGGACUACUGUUUUACUCCAACACUGGUGGAGCCACCUCUUCUAGACAAGGCAUGCAGUGCCCAGGGAGGUCCAGAAGGAGGCGCUCUGCUGAGAUGUUGCAACGCAGAACUCUACUGGAGAACCACUACAGAGAGAAGCUGUUGCGUCAGUGUUGUAAGGAUGGCCUGAGAGAGAUCCCCAUGUCUUACUCCUGCACCCGACGCUCCCUCUACAUCACUGAGGGAUGGGAAUGUAUCAAGGCCUUCAGAUACUGCUGCUCCAAGUACAGGGGAGAGGAGUUUGACACCAGACUACCCCCUACCACCACCAUACCCCCUACCACCACCAUACCGCCUACCACCACAGCUCUACUCAGGCUGACCCUGGACAGACGCAUUUCCCCCCAGAUGCAUAGCAAACAAUUUGUCAUUUAUGGGAUUUCAAGAGGUGAAGAAAGAUUGAGCCUUCCAGUGAUGAUGGAAAUCAAACCUGUCAUGGAAGGACAAAGAGGGUCUUUUGCUGAGGAAGAGGAGGAGGAAGAGGAGGAUGACUUUAUGGAGGAGAGUGAUGUGAUAGUAAGGUCUAAGUUCUAUGAGUCAUGGCUGUGGAGAGACCUGACGCUGCCCAGUGUUCCUGAGGACAGCAGAGACGGGUUGUCAACGCUGCAUGUGGAAUCCAUCUUCCCAGACACUAUCACCCAGUGGGGGGUACUAGCCAUCAGCUCCUCACCUGUAACAGGUUUCUGCGUAGCUGAGCCAUGGAACGUGCGUGCGUGGAAGCGUUUCUUCGUGGACCUGAAGCUGCCGUACUCAGUGGCGAGGAACGAACACGUGGAGAUCAAAGCUGUGCUCCAUAACUAUGGCGACGAGGACAUGGAGGUUAAGGUGGUGCUACUGAAGACAGAGGACAUGUGCAGUGUGGCGUUCAAUGGGAAACACACCCAGGAGGUGAGGUUGAAGGGCAGCUCGUCCCUGGUGGUUCCCUACACCAUCAUACCGCUCAAGGCCGGAGAGAUGCUACUGGAGGUCCUUGCCAUGGCCAAAGGGUUUAUGGGUAGCGACGGGGUCAAGAAGAAGCUACGCGUGGUGGUGGAAGGAGUGCAGAAGACUAAAGUGCAGAGUUUUGUAUUGAAUCCUUCUGCCAAGGGAGGGAAUGAUGGGAGGCAGGUAGUGGAGGUGAACAAAGUGGAGCUGGGCUCCCUGGUUCCAAACUCUCAACCAGAGACAUUCAUCAACAUCAGGGGUAACCUGUUGGCUGAUACCAUAGACAACAGUAUCAGUGGUGACUCUCUGGCCUCUUUGAUCCGUAUGCCUGGUGGCUGUGUGGAACAGAACCUAGCCAGCAUCACCCUGCCUCUUAUAGCCACUGUCUACCUGGACCAUUCCAACGACUGGGAGGCUGUAGGGGUGCAACGCAGGGUGGAGGCCAUGAACUACAUACAGAAAGGCUACCAGAAGCAGCUGGUGUAUAAAAAGAAAGACGACUCUUACCCCCCCUACAGGAAUGAAGGCACAAGCACAUGGAUCACAGCGUAUGUAGUGAAGGUGUUCUCUAUGGCUCGUCAGCUGAUAGGAGUGAGUGAACAGGACGUGUGUGGUCCUCUCCUCUACCUGCUCAACAACAAACAGCAGACCACUGGAUCUUUCAGAGAGGACAACCCUGUCUACACUACUACUAUGACAGGUGGAGUACAAGGUGCAGAGUCUCAGUCCACUCUGACAGCCUUUGUCCUGAUAGCCAUGACUGAAGCCACCAAGGGUACAGAACUCAACUGCAAUGGAGCUGGCCACACCAUCAAGAAUGGGAUCCAGAAUGCUGCCAACUAUCUGAGGAGCACGUAUGGUAGUCUGAAGAGGCCCUACUCUCUGGCCAUCUCUGCCUACGCUCUGUCUCUGGUUGACGAGACACCUUCACUGUUCUUAAAAACCCUGCUACUCAAAGCUGCCUCUCCAGACGGUACCCAUUGGCCAGACAGUGAGAACCGCCUGUUCACUCUGGAAGCGACGGGCUACGCCCUGCUAGCCCUGGUGAAGAGUCAUCACAUGACUGAAGCCGCCGCACCUUUCCAGUGGCUCAAUGAGCAGCGCCGCAGGGGCGGGGGCUACGGAUCCACCCAGCCCACCAUGGUUGUUCUGCAGGGUCUGUCUGGGUACCUGAUAAAGAAACCUCCCAAUGACCUGAGUCUCCAGGUGGACCUGAGCAUCCAGGGCCGCAGCGACCAGCGCUACCACUUCGACCCCAGGACCUCCUACGUGGCACGCUCCUCCAGGGCUCCUAUAGACCAGGGAUUCAGAGUGGAGGCCAAAGGGGAGGGGCAAGGUAUACUAGAGGUGGUGACCUACUACAACGAGCUCCCUGAGGUGCAUGAGAAGAGCAGCUGCAAGAACUUUGAUUUGGACGUGACCAUCGCAGAAUCUAGUGAAAAGCCUCCACCAGAUGCAGAGAAGUCCUACAGGAUCACUAUUAAUGUCAGGGCACUGGGACUAAGGGAGGUCAGGAUGGUUGUUCUGGACAUCAGUCUUCCUACUGGAUUCGUCCCAGAGAAUGAAGACCUGGAGAUGCUGACCAACUCAGUGGACCGUUACAUCAACAACUUCCAGAUAGUGGACAACCUGAGUGACAGAGGCUCCCUCAUCAUCCACCUCUUCAAGGUGUCCAACAAGGAGACUGAGACCAUCAUCUUCCGACUGCAGCAGACGUUCAAAGUGGGACUCCUCCAACCUUCAUCUGUCACUGUCUACGAGUACUACAACCCAGACCACCGCUGCAGUCGCUUCUACAGCCCCAAAGAGGACAAGGACGAACUCUCACAGAUCUGCAGGAACAAUAUAUGUCGCUGUACACAGGGUGAUUGCUGUGUGUCUAAGACCCUAACCGAUCCAGUCCCCUACGGAGCACGAGAGGACCAUGCAUGCAAAGGAUUAUACCACGUGUACAAGGCCAAGGUCCUGAGUGUCAGCCAGAGUCAGUAUGACAGAUAUGAGAUGAAGAUCACACAGGUUAUAAAAAUAGGAGUGGAGGAGGGGGUCAGUGUGGGUGACACUAAGGUCUUCCUGUCCCAUGCUGGCUGUAGAGGAGGUCUGGACCUGAAGGAGGGUACAGACUACCUCAUCAUGGGGCCAAAAACUGACCUCUGGUACAAGGACAGCUCCACCAACAGUGCCACAUACAUGCUGGGCAAGGAUGCCUGGGUAGAGCGUUGGCCCACCUCAACAGAGUGUGCUAGUGAUGCCAGGUGCACAGAGCUGGACAACUUCAGCAAGGACCUCUCAGAGAAGGGAUGUCGGUUUAAAUAGACACUCACUCACUCACUCACUCACUCACUCACUCACUCACUCACUCACUCACUCACUCACUCACUCACUCACUCACUCACUCACACUUUGCCUAUGAGCUGCCAUGUAGCUUUACACCUCUGGAUGCACUGGUUCAGCAGAAACUGUCACCAUUUGAGCCAUGCAGUCGACAUAUACUGCUCUGUUGUAUAAUCACCAUGGUAACCAUUAGAGGAACAUGGACAUUAGAAUUAGAAAGCGUAAAAACAUGACAGACUGGUGUUAAGCCUGGGUGGGUCUAGGAUUGUGUUACUGGGAGCUCAGCGAUUCGUCACAGCCAGGGCUACUUGAUAUGGCAUACAAUCACAACACACACACUCACACGAUGGGAACUCGCUCAGGUGGCACUCGGUGCAGUGGAAUAUUGUCUCACUACUGUGUAGAAUGCAUUAGUGUUCCUGGAUGUUCCACAUAGAGAGAAUUACAGAACACCAGGGAGAUUCUCUGUACAAUAACAGACUACAGAACACCAGGGAGAUUCUCAGUACAAUAACAGAAUACAGAACACCAGGGAGAUUCUCAGUACAAUAACAGAAUACAGAACACCAGGGAGAUUCUCAGUACAAUAACAGAAUACAGAACACCAGGGAGAUUCUCAGUACAAUAACAGAAUACAGAACACCAGGGAGAUUCUCAGUACAAUAACAGAAUACAGAACACCAGGGAGAUUCUCAGUACAAUAACAGAAUACAGAACACCAGGGAGAUUCUCAGUACAAUAACAGAAUACAGAACACCAGGGAGAUUCUCAGUAGAAUAACAGAAUACAGAACACCAGGGAGAUUCUCAGUACAAUAACAGAAUACAGAACACCAGGGAGAUUCUCAGUACAAUAACAGAAUACAGAACACCAGGGAGAUUCUCAGUACAAUAACAGAAUACAGAACACCAGGGAGAUUCUCAGUACAAUAACAGAAUACAGAACACCAGGGAGAUUCUCAGUACAAUAACAGAAUACAGAACACCAGGGAGAUUCUCAGUACAAUAACAGAAUACAGAACACCAGGGAGAUUCUCAGUACAAAUCCUGUAUUGAGUUUUGAAUUAUUCACAGCCUUCUCUUUCUCAUUCAGUUUGAUUACUUGCCCGUGUUGUAGAUUGCAGUACUUUAUUCCCAUCGUUGCCACAGAUUUGCAAACAUAAUGAUCAACCCAUAUUCUGCUCUAAGAAAAUAAAUGGAUGUGUUGUG